AUGGUAUGGUUCGUCGCUCUUUUCUCCUCCUUCCUUCCCCUUUUGCUAUAUUAUAUUUUUGUGCUUCUUCUUUUGCGAGGCAAAAAAAAAACGAGGGACUGUGUAUUUUGUGUGACAUUUUCGUGUUCGAAUGAUUCAGAGCAGCAUCGUCCUCGUCAUUCUUCAACAACAUCUUCGUUUUUUGGUGGUGUCACAAAAUGGAAAUUUUUGUUAUGGUUUGGAGCCGAAAGAGGAAAUAUACAAAAAUUUUGUUUUUCUUUGAUGAUGUGGAAUGGGAAUUUGAUGAUUAAAAAAAUACCGUAAUUUUUAAAUGAUAGAAAUACUGUGCAGCAAUAUUAGCGAGGUUUCGUAUACUUUUCUGUGUGGAUAAAUUAAAAACUUUUUGAGGUUUAGAAUUUUCUAAAAAUUCAAGAUUUCAUUUAAAAAAAUUUUGACAAGUCUCUUUUUCUAUUUUAAUAUUUAAUACCAUAUUUAAUGAAGUUUUUCUCGGGUUGUUAGUCUUGUGAAAUUGAAAUUUUCAAAAUUUUCAAAUUAUCAGACUCACGAAGUUUUUUGAUACUGUGAAAGCGGUCGAGAAAUUUUUUUUUAUUUUUAAUUUUUUGUUUCAAAAAACUUAUCCCCAAAGUUUUCCUUCCCCAUUCCGCCAGUUCGUUUUGUCACAGCCAACAUUUUUUCUUUCAGGGUGACGCUAUCAAACACUAUACACAAAAUGAAACUGCGCAUUUUCAACGAAGUCAUAAGGUUUGUUACUUAUCUUUAUUUUUUGAGUGAUGAUUUUUUGUGAGAAAAGGUCAAACUGUUUUUGAUUUAUGAUUUCACUUCAAAAAAAUCUAGUCAUUUUUUUCAGGCCGGUGAUCCACUUUCAUUCGAUCGUGGAAAAAUCGAGCACCAUCUUCCACCUCGAAUUUUAUUAGGAAAAGAAUUGGCUGAAAAUCUCGAAGAUCGUCGAAAAGCAAAAGAAGAACAACAAAAUGUGCAUCCGGAUGAUCGGGAAAUCAAAGGUACAUAAUAAAUCAAUAAAUUUUUCUGAAAAUAUUUUUUGCAGACAAAGUUGUGAACGAAGUUCCGGAUGAAAAUGAGGAGGACUACAAGGAGCACUAA